AUGGCGCUGGUGCUGCUGGUGCUGGUUUGUGCCGCCGUGGCCGUGCUGCCCACCAGGGACCCCCUCCUGAACGUCUGCAUGGACGCCAAGCACCACAAGGCCAAGCCUGGCCCCGAGGGGACACAGUACGAGCAGUGCACUCCCUGGAAGGACAACGCCUGCUGCACGGCCAACACCAGCGUGGAGGCCCACAAGGACCAGUCCAAGCUGUACAACUUCAACUGGAACCACUGCGGGGUGAUGCCCGCCAAGUGCAAGCGCCACUUCAUCCAGGACGCCUGCUUGUACGAGUGCUCGCCCAACCUGGGGCCCUGGAUCGACCAG